GUCUGCUCUGCUGUUGCUGCCCUUUGAUCCCUGCAUUAGUGUUAGUUAGGGGCUCGGAGACACACUUGCACCGAGAGCAGCCAUAGUCAAGACACGGCAACAACAACAGCGGCACCUCCUCCGCCAGUGUUCCCAUUCCCCAACAAUACACUUUAAACCGAGCAAAGCCAGGUGCACGACCGAGUCCCUGCCAUCACUGGCGCCUCCAGUCUCAAUGGGAAAAACCUUUUUUCUUCUUAUCCCCAAACAAGGACGAGAAUGUGAUUAAAAACGGGGGAAAAUGCCAAGGAGGAAGCAGGAGCAACCCAAGCGCCUGCCUUCACAUCUGGACAGCAAUGAAGAAGGAGGGCCUGAUGGCGGUGCUGUGGAGGAAGAAGGCUGGUUUGGGAAUGCCUCUGACACUCGCUCAGAGGCGUCGUCUUUUGGGGACACCCAGGAUGAGCUACUCCUACCCAGGGGCUCCUCUCCUGAAGAACGACCUGCAGCCAGUGCUGGGUCAGGGGAUCAAGAUACCUGUGGAGGUGAGAGCUCACUGGGUUGCCCCACUCCCAUCCAUCGUGCCUCUUUGGACCUUCUUGGACUGGAUGGAGGUGCAUUCUCGGCCCAGGACACACUCUCCUCCGUGGUAUCGUCACUGUAUGGCGAGGCAGCAUCUCGAGCCCUGGGAAAACCUCUCAGCAGCAACCUACGGCGCCUUCUGGAGGCUGGGUCACUUAAACUUGACACUGGGGAGCUUCUAGGUCGGUCAUCCAGGGGAAGCGCUGGGGGAGAGUCUCCUCCCAUAGCCCUUGCCCCACCUUUGACACUCUCCCCGUCUUCCCAUCACGCCCAGCAGUUAAGUGCUCUUGCCCGAAAACUGGCCAACAACAACAACAAUAGUGGUUCAGCCUCACCAGCCUCCUUGGCUCCCUCAGUCACCAACAUUAAGCAAGAACCCCUUGACCCCUUUAACUCUGUUACUCCAAGCAAUGGCAGUGGCUUUGUAUGGGCAGGUGUUGCGGAUAAAUGGCCACCAGCCAGCUGCUCCACGCCCUGCGGUUCCAGCUUGUCCCCCGACUCUGCAAUCCAGAAGUUAAAAGCAGCAGCUAAUGCUGUGCUUCAAGACAAGAAUGCCGUAGCCUCCUCCUCAACGACAUCCUCCUCCUCCUCCUCCUCCACCUCUGCCUCAUCUACAGUGCCCACCUUGGGGGGUAGUGGUCGAGGAGAUGAUGUGGUGCGCUUUGAUGCCUUCAACUCCCCGUUUAGCCCACAGUCAGCAAGCUCCACCCUUGCUGCACUUUCCAAGAAAGUCAGUGAGCGGAGCCAAGCCUCGUCUACAGCCAGUUCUUCUACGGACCAUCAAACCUCAGCAAGUUCUUUUCUCUCACUUGUGUCAAUGACUUCCUCUGCUGCAUUGCUCAAAGAGGUGGCAGCGAGGGCAGCAGGAAACCUUCUGGCAGAGAAAAAGGAGGGUUCUCCCUUAGCAACUCCUGGAGUCCUCCAAGAGGAUGUGAAGCCCCUGUUGGACAAGAACCAGAAAGCACCCACGCCGUCUACACCCACCCAGAGUCUAGAGUUACUAUUGCCCUCUACGCCUAAGGGCAGAGGCAAACCCAACAACCAAGCAGGCUCUCCUGAGGAUGGUGGCAAACCAUUCCAGUGUCCUGUGUGUGGAUUGGUCAUCAAACGCAAGAGCUACUGGAAGAGACACAUGGUCAUCCACACAGGCUUGAAAAGCCAUCAGUGUCCGCUGUGUCCCUUCCGCUGUGCUCGCAAAGACAAUCUAAAAUCACAUAUGAAGGUACAUCAGCACCAAGACCGGGGUGAGACGUUUCAGUGCGAACUUUGUCCCUUUACCUCUUCCCGUCACUUCAGCCUGAAGCUUCACAUGCGCUGCCACCAGCACUUCCCCCGCACAGACGUCAAGGUGAAAGAGGAGCUCACCACCGACACGGAGGGCGAAGGCUCCCUGAUGGGUGACAGCGGUUCCACAGACCCACGAGGGACGGAGGUGUCCCCACUGCACUCAGACAGUCAGCAGCAGACGUCCCCUCCGGCCGAGACUACCUCCAAUCACGUCCACAUCAAGGAGGAGCCACAGGAGAGAGACCUGUCCGUGCUCUCCCCCUUCAGCAUCUGCAGGGACCGUCCCAGCAGCAGUGCCAACUCCCUGGACCUGCCUGGAGUCGGGGUGGGGGUCAGAUCCAGUCCUAGUGGUCCAACCACGGCCUCCCUCUUCAGCCCCGACAUCACUACCAAAACGGCCACUGACCUGCUUAUGAAGCUUUCAGCGGCCAACCAGAGGGAGACGCUCAAGUCUCCAUUCCACCUGAAGGAAGAGCCAAAAGUGGAGGAAGCACUCAGCCCUAGACCACCCUCCCAGUCCCAGAGCCAGGCUCAGCAAAGCUUCCCGGCGACUUUCUGCCAGGACGGGCCAACAGGGGCUGCAGCAGCCUCGGAGCGCCCAGGGCCACUGAAACCAAGGGAAGGAAGCCCCAUGGCUAAAAACACUUUGCUGAGCCAGGAUAUCAACGUUAAGGUCGCCUCUGAACUGCUCAUUAAGCUUUCAGAGAACAACAAAGAUGCCCAGUUCCAGAAGGUGAAAGUAAAGGCAGAGCCCAUGGAGGUGGAUCCACCCCCUGCAGAACUCACCCCACCUGCCUCCCACCUGCUGGCCUUCAGCACUUUAGGGGCAAGUGAGAAGAGCGAGCCAAUGAGUAACCUGCCCGAGACAUUGGCCUGCCCCCAGAAAGAUCUCUUCUCUCAAGACAUAUCGGUCAAAAUGGCCUCUGAACUAUUGUUCAAAUUGUCAGAAAAAGUGAGCAAAGCCAACAACCACAAAGACAGUAACAUGGUGGGAAUAAACAGUCCGUUCCUGGACGAGUGCUUCAGACAAUCACCCUUUAACUCACGCUCCAAGAGCACUUCCCCCGCAGAGGCCAGCUCCUCUACCAGGGUAGCAUUCCAUGACUCAGAAAAAGACGAAGUUGAGCCAGGUAAUGGGAUUGCCCAGUGGAGAUUAAAUGAACAGCUCUUCCCCUGUCCCGUCUGUGGCAAGGUGUUUGGCCGGCAGCAGACCCUUUCUAGACAUCUGGCUCUACACACAGAGGAGAGGAAGUACAAGUGUCACCUGUGUCCUUACGCAGCCAAGUGCAGGGCUAACCUCAAUCAGCACCUGACCAUCCACUCUGUCAAGCUGGUCAACACAGACGCCGAGCAGAUCGUCAGCGCCGUUACUGCAGACUCUGCCGAGCGCAAGAACUGCCCCUACUACUACAGCUGCCAUGUGUGUGGUUUCCAGACGGAGCUCAAUGCCCAGUUUGUCAGCCACAUGUCGCUCCAUGUGGACAAGGAGCAGUGGAUGUUCUCCCUGUGCUGCAGCGUCUGUGACUACGUCUGCAUGGAGGAGAGCGACAUGAAGAGCCACAUCAGUACCGGGCACGCAGGUCUGAAUUCAAGAAGUCCUCUCAGCGAGACCAAGAGCACCUCGUCGUCACUCUCAGCCCUCAGCGAUUCACUCAACAGCUCCGAGGGCGGAGACCUCACCCACGGUAACGAAGAACUCAAGAGCCUGCUAGCCCCGCCCUCCUCCGCAGGCAGCCAGUCCAGCUCCGGGAGCCACUCGGGAUCGGGAACCGAGGACAAGUCGGACAAAGGGUUUGAGUGUGUCUUCUGCAAUUUCGUGUGCAAGACGCGCAGCAUGUACGAGCGGCACCUCCAGAUCCACCUCAUCACGCGAAUGUUCGAGUGCGACGUUUGCCACAAGUUCCUCAAGACGCCCGAGCAGCUGCUGGAGCACAAGAAGUGCCACACCGUCCCCUCCGGAGGGCUCAAGUGCCCUUUUUGCAUCUACUCCACCAAUCGUCCAGCGGCCAUGGAGUGCCACCUCAAGACGCACUGUAAGAUGGAGUACCGCUGCCGCAUCUGCCAGGGACUGUGGCCCGACCAGGCCUCGCUGGAGGCCCACAUGCGCGGGCACCGCCUGGGCAACCACUACAAGUGUGAGCAGUGUGGCUACCUGUCCAAGACGGCCAACAAGCUGAUCGAGCACGUGCGUGUGCACACGGGCGAGCGGCCCUUCCACUGCGACCGCUGCUCCUACAGCUGCAAGCGCAAGGACAACCUCAACCUGCACAAGAAGCUGAAGCACGCGCCGCGCCAGACUUUCGGCUGCCGAGAGUGCCCCUUCACCACCACACACCCCUUCGUCUUCAGCCGCCACCUCAAGAAACACCAGGGCGGAGGGACGGGGGGGCCGGACGCCGGCAGGGGGGCGGCGGGAGGCGGAGGAGAGGAGGAGGAGGAGGACGAAGAGGCCGCGGGGGAGGAGGAGCUGCCCCUCGGGGGAGCGGCGCCGCAGAAGAGCCGGGAGGGCUUCCUGUUCGGCGGAGGGGGCAGCAGCGGGGGCAGCGGGAGCAACAGCCCCCUCAUGAGCCUGACGGCGUCCCAGGCGCUGCAGUCCGUCGCCCUGUCGCUCACGCUGGGCAGAUCCCACCGGCCGGACCUCGGCAGCCCGCUGCGCCGCCCGGCCAGCGCCAACGGCGGCAGCAACAGCAACAACAACAACGCCACCGCCGCAAGAAACCCCGCCGGCCCCUCCCUCAUCCUCCCCUCCUCCCGCCACGUGUUCGAGCAGUACAGGAACUGCGACCGCGCCCACCUGAUCCCCCUCACCACCCUGUUCACCCACAACAGCCGCUUCACAUUCCACUCGCACCUCCACUCCAGAUGGCGGCCGGCCACGUCUCCGCUCCUCUCCUCCUCCGGCCCGGUGUCCCCCGCCCCCGCCCCCUCCUCCCACAAACACUCCUUCCUGGCCUACCUGGGACUGAUGGAGAGGGCCAAGACUGUCUGACCCGGCCCGCCUCCGCUCGCUCUCCCCCUCACUCCUCGGACAGUGGCGUGAAUGACACUCGACCGCUGCGGUGGGAGCAACACCUUUUCCAAUCAGACCAGCAGAAUAAGCUGGAACAGACAAACAUAUUGAAGAAAAGGAAGAAAAAAAAAUAAAUAAACAUUUAUAAGAGAAAAAGGCUGUACAUGCUAAAAUGCAUUUAUAUCAAAAAGCUGCUUUUCUUAUCAGUUCUAUCAAUUGAAUUAUUACUACUUCAAAUACUACUCUGUAUUACAUUUUUUUUUUGUUUGUUUCUGUUUAUAAAGAUCUGAAUGAGCUGGACCCAGUCGCAUCAUCUGAGGAAACUAACGUAUCUCAGUUUUAUAGAUAUUUUUCUUUAGUCGUCGGACGAGAUAAAAAGACAAAGCAAAACUUGCAAGUGCUAUAUUUUAGUGCAUUUUUGUCUAUUUGCUCUUAUGCAUCGAAAUAGCAUGCCUGUUUCUGUGUUUCAACUAGCUUUGACGUCAUUAGGAAGCUAAAUUCGAGAUAUCCUGAAGUGUUUUCUGCGGUGCAAUGUGGACAGAACCAAUGAAACGCAAUGCUUUUCCAUGAAAAAGGCACGUUUCCAAAGCAACGCCUCAAACCACGCACUUACUUAUUUAUCAAUCUUGUACAUAGUUUUGUAGCCCCCUCCCCUUCCCAUCUUUUUGUUUUUUUUUUUCCUCCAUUUUUUUCGUUGGUUUCUUUUGUAUAACGGUGAAACCGUGUUCUGCGUCGCCGCCGCCUGACAUCGCCUCCGUCUCAGAACUCCUCUUAAUUCUGUAACUUACGGUCUCUGUAAGCUGGUGAAGAGAAAAUAAGCUGUGAUCCUGUAAAGAAAGAACGAAUCCGACCCAGCGCGUGAAGAAUGAUUCUGAUCUGACUGAACCAUCAACGUUAAAUGUAGCCAUUUGCACCUGCGGGUGAAUAGCAUCCUGGGAACGCCGACUCCCGAGGCCAGGUUGAUGUCGGCGCGGCGCCGCGCGCAGAACCGUUGCUUCACGCACCUAUACUUAGAAGAGAUAUAUGAGAUAACUGUUUUGUGGAGGUGACCGGCGUCCGGGGCAGCGAGCUGCCCGCCGCCGCCGUCACCACAGGCCGAUUCAAUGGUGCUUUUUGGAGCUUUUUGUAAUUUUUUGUGUACAAAAAAAAAGAAGAAAAAAAAAAAACCUGUUCCAAAAUGACUUGAAUGAAUGUAUUUUUGUUUAUGUACAUGGAAAAAGAAGCGAUACAGAAGUGUGAACAGGGACGUCUUCUGUGCUGGUAAAGACGGGAAAGUUAGUGUGUUUGGUGGCCUUUUAGUGUCGAUUUUGUUUUUUUGUUUUGUUUUUUUUCGGUUUUGUUUGUCUUUCAUUAUUAUUAUUUUUACUUUUUUUUUUACUGAGCCUUUUUACAUCAUAAGAAACAUUUUCUACUAACAUUCAUAGAGAACCCGAGGAAAAAAAAAAAAGCUCCUGUAGGUGCAAUGAUGAAGCAAAGCCAUUUGUUUGUACAGCGUUGUGUUCGAUGGCACUGGCUUCUGUUCAGCCGGCAGACACGGUACUGCUUUCUGUUCCCCCCCCCCCCCCCCCCCAAACACACACACACACACCCCACCAUCCCCUCCUGUCAACCUUUUGAGUUUUAAUUGCACUUACUGUAGUUACACUUCAAGCCAAAAGCACUUAAACCUUUAUUUUCCUUUUUUUUUUUUGUUUUUAAAGUGCAGACUUCAAUCCACCAAGUAAUCGUAAUGUGAAAAGUAGGCAGUGGCUGCUGGAGGCGACUCGAUCGACACCCCUGAAGUUUCACAUUCAGACAUUUCCGGUGUCUGCCUCUGUGAAAUCGGAGAAAGUUAAAAUGAAUACAAAUUGCGUGAAUUAGACAGCAGAGGUCAAGCUCCCCCUGGGAACUAAAGGUCCCAGGCUAAAUUGUGAUGGCCAAUUUUGCACAGUGCUGCACUUUUUCAUUAUGAGAAUAUGUAUUUAUCCGUUGGAAUGCUCAAGAAGACGUUUGUUUUGCAGGGCAGGGCAGUAUAGUACACAUUUUUAUUUAAAAAGAAAAAAACAAACAAAAAAAAGAAUUAAAAAAAAAAAGCUUUACCCGUCACUGAUUGAUUUUGCUUGUGUUCCCAAGUGGUCUUCAAGCCAAAAUCCCUUAUUUGUAAAGGGAUUGUUUUGUUUUCGUUUUCCUCAUUGUUUCCAUUUGUUGAAUUUCCAUUUGAAUUUUCUGAACAUUAACGAUUUUGUUUAAGUAUUAUAUAUAUUUUUUUUUUUUUACUUAAAUCUUGUCACAGAAGUUGAUUGGACGGAGAUGUCAAGACCAAAAUGUAACCGAGCUGCAGGACGUGAUGUUAGGAUUGAAUCCCUCGCGUCAUGCAGUGGAGCCCCACACACACACACACACACACACACACACACACACACACACACACACACACACACACACACACACACACACACACACACACACACACACACACACGCAGACACGCAGACACGCAGACUCACACCUCCUCCACCUUUACACUGGUGUUUGUUUGUUCCUUUUGCUCUGUCAACGUCUGGCAUGCUGUCUCUGGAGUGAAAGGAGCAUCCCUCCCUACACACACACACACACACACACACACACACACUCUCUCCUUGUGCUAUCUACGUUAUCUUUUAUACUCUAGUGCCACUUGGUGGAAGGAAACCACCUGAGACUUCUGAGAAUGAGUCAAACUAAUUGUCAGGGUCCAAUAGAUUAAAAAAAAAAAAAGAGAGAGAGAGAUAAAAAGAAUGUCCGCUCUUGACACCUUUUAAAAUCGUCUGCCUUUUUAAUACAGCGUAAUCAUGAAUGGCUGCACUUCUGUACGUCCCCUUUAGUUUUGAGUGUAAUGUUUAAAAAGGCAACAGGGCUCGAUCCUUUUGAAAACCAGUAUUCUUAAGCACUUACUGUUUAUUUUGCCCAGCUGUGAGCAGCACAGUGACCUUUUUUCUUUUUUCCCCUUUCUUUCCGUUUGAAGCUCGACUACCUUUUCAGCACUUCAGAGUAUGCAUGACAUUGUCCUCUCUCUAGCUCUCUUUAGCACUUAAUUGUGUUUUCAAACUAACUCCCUGGGUUGUGUUUAGUUAGCAUCACACUGCACUGUCUACAAUCAGUUUAGCUUUAAGUUUGGCUGUAUUUUAUGAUUAGAAAAAGGCUCAACUAUCUUAACUUUUGGCACUCGUUAAAAAGAUUGGUAUGUGCUGUACAAAGCUUUUUUUUAUUACUCCAUUGUUAAGGCUGUACAGGGUUGUGACGAUAACUGGUAAAUAGAUCAUUUGUACUUUUUUGGUUUUGUAUUUGUUUUCUUUGUUUGGCAUUACUUUAUGUUCAACUUGCCAGAUCUAAAUGUAACAGGAUUUGAAAGUAAAGCUUACAUCAGAUAUUA